AUAUUUCCGUCAUUUCAGCUGUCAAUGUUGUCAACAUCACAAUUUAUAUUCUAAAAAAAUCUAAACAACAAUUUAUAUUUAUUUAUAUAGAAGCUGUGAAUAAUUAAACAUAAUAACAGUUUUGCAAAUAAAAUAUCAAAUAUGUCUUUAGCUUUAUUGUUAGAAAAGUAUGACGUGUCUACAGAGGAUGGUCUGCAAAAAGCUUUACUUGAAAUUCAAAAAGAAGAGGUGGAAGUAGAUGAAGCCUUAGCUGGUGUAUUAUCUCGCACAUGCUCCUUAGAGGCACGACUACGCAGUGCCAGCCAGGCCUACACCAAGCUGGGAGAAGUUAAAACAGACGCACAAACUGCUGUCGACAUGGUAGAGAAAACGGCAGAACUAGCUAAAGAUGUCAGUGCUAAAGUACGCCAGCUGGAUUUAGCUAGAUCACGUGUGGCGGAGUGUCAGCGACGCGUCCACGACCUCAUAGACUUGCAGAUCUGCAGCGCUGGAGUAGAAGCAGCCAUAAAAGCACAUGAUUAUGAGACGGGCGCGGCGCACGUGGCGCGGUACCGCAGCAUGGCGCCCGGCUCGCUGCAGGCGGCGGCGGCCCGCGGCGCCCCCGACCCGCGCGCCGCCAUGGCCCGCGCCGCCGCCACGCUGCACCGCCACCUCGUGCGCAAGUUUGAGGAAGCAGCUAAAAAGGAAGACGAAGCAGCGGUUGAGCGUCUAUUCAAGCUGUUCCCACAGAUCGGUCGCGCUGAGGAAGGCGUCGAUUUGCUCGCCAAGUAUCUCCUUACACAAGCGGAGGGUGCGAUCCGUCGUGCGAGCGUGGUGAGCGGCGGAGGGAGUGCGGAGGCGGCGGUGUACGCGGACGCCAUGACGCGCGUACUGGAGGCGGGCGGCGCGGCCGUGGAGCGCGCGCGGCAGCAGACCGGCGCCGCCGCCGCCGCCGGCCUGCUGCCGCGCGCCCUGCGCACGCUGCAGCCCGCGGUGUGUGCGGGCGCUCGCCGCGUGCUGGUGGCGCUGCGUGCGGCGCGGCUGUCGGGGGGCGCGGCGGGCGGGGCGCUGGCCGCGGAGCCCGUGCUGGCCGAGCUGGCGCUCUCUCUGUCCCGGCUGCGGCUCUACUUCGACUUCCUGCGCCGGAAGACAGAGGCAGACGCGUCGAGUCUGGACGAAGCAGGCAGAGAGGCGUGCGUGGCUGCCACGGAGAAGAUCAUAGCGGAGUGCGACCUGACGCGUGUCACGCAGGACAUGCUCGCGCACUACCUCGAGCUGGAAAGGUAUUUCCUUGAGGAGAGUAUGAGUAAAGCGUUGAAGAUGGCAACACCACAGCCGGGUGCAACUACAUCAAGUCUCGUCGACGACGUGUUCUUUAUCGCUAGGAAGGUUAUAAGGCGGUCGGUGUCGACCGGCAGCGUGGAGGGCGCGUGCGCGGUGCUGAACGAGGUGGGCGCGGGCGUGGAGCGGCCCGCCGCCGCGCUGCGCCGCUGGCUGCGCGCGCCGCCCGACGCGCUCCCCCUCCCGCCGCCCGCCGCCGACCGCGCCGCGCCCGCGCCGCCGCCGCCGCUCACCAGGGACCUGGACGCGCAGCGGGCGCUCUUCCUGGCGCACGUGAACGAGGCGGAGGCCGGCGGGGAGUGGGCGGAGCAGCUGGCGGCCGAGGCGGCGGCGGCGGCGGGCGCGCUGAGCAACGCGGCGCACGGCCGGCAGCACGCGGCGCAGUGCGCGGCGGGGCUGGCCGGCGCCGCCGCCGCCUUCCGCGCCGCGCGCGACCUCGCGCUCGCCGCGCUGCGGGCCGCGCUCGCGCCGCGCCUGCACGCCUGGGCCGACGCGCUCGCCGCGCCCGCGCACGCAGAGGACAUCGAAGAAGAAUCCGAUGCGAGCGCAUUACCAACUGCAUUGGACACGCUGGCUGAGGCGGCGCGCGCGCAGCUAGCGGCGUCCGUAGCCGAGGCCGUGCUGGUGGCCGCCGUCACAGAUCUGGCGGUGAACACCGAGCGCCGUAUAUUGCAGAACCGGUACACCAGGGAGGCGGGAUUGGCGGUGGAGCGUCGCGCGCGACGACUAGCGGCUUGGGCCGGCGGCGCAGCCCCCGCGGCCCGCGAGCGGUGCGCGCGCCUCACGCAGGUCGCCGCGCUGCUCGCACUCGAGCGGCUGCAGCACGCGCGGCACGCGCUGCAGCCCGCCGCGCGCCUCGCGCCGCCGGACCUGCGGGACGUGCUCGCGCGCAGGGUUGACUUCAAAAUAGAUGACAUAAAACGGCUGAAGCUAUAAUCUACAGACGACCAUCAAAAUUAUUAUUUUUUAUUAGAAAAUAAGAGAAAUACCUAUAUGCAUUUCUAAUGUUAUAAUAUAUUUUAUAUCGGGAAUAAAUAAGCGAGUUAAAAUAAAACAAUAUUA